AUGGCCGGCCCAUCACCGCGCAUACCAUUCUCGCAGCGUCUCGACGAUCCCGACCAAGCUGCGAUUCAGCAUUCACACGGCGAGUUCGGCGAGCAGGUCUCUCCCCAUACAAUGAGUGCCGCCGUCGACCAGGCGCACAUCCAGCUCAUACAGCAGGUCCAGCACGAGCUGCGCACGCCCGUCCAUGGUCUUCUCGGUCUCGUCGAGGAUCUGCGCACAGAGCUGCGCGCAGCACCAAUACAAGAUAGAGAUGCACGCAGAUCGCUCCUCAUCAAAGCCGAGAGCCUCGCCGGGCUGAGCGAAAGGCUGCAGCAUGUCCUCGAUGAUUUCCGUGACUUUGCCGCCGAGACAAUCCAUGCGCGAGAGGCGGAAGAGGAACACGAGGUGCAGCCCGAGGAGCCCGUCGAUCUAGGCGAUCUGCUCGACACGGUCGCUGCCGAAGCAUGGAACGAGCAAGUGCGCCAGAUCCGCGCAGAGGACGGAGACGACGCCAGGCUACCACCACCACCAGAGCUCAUCUUGCAGACCGACACUAGCUUACGAGGGUGGAAGACCGUCGUCUCGACGCAGCUCGUCAAGAAGCUCGCACACAAACUCAUCUCCAACGCCCUCCGAUUUACUACCGAAGGCUACGUAGAGGUAUCUCUCUCGCCAUCCAUAGCGGCAUCCCCAUGGAACGAGCAGGAAUUCUCCUUCCGCGCCGCUGGAGACCAGACAAGCUCGGAUCAGCACUAUAUCGAUCUCGUCGUCGAGGAUUCCGGCGAGGGCAUGACGGAGCACUUCCUCUCGCACCGCUUGUUCGAGCCAUUUGUGAAAGCGGACAACUUCAAAGCUGGGGCGGGGCUGUCGGUCAAUCUGUGCUCGUCCAUCGUGCGGCGCAUGGGCGGAGCUAUGCACGUUUCGAGCGAUAAGGGUCGCGGUACCAUCGUCACCGUCAAACUUCCCGUUCAGAGCCUCCCGGAACGCAUCGUCAACCCUGCCCCGGCCUCGCAGAGCGAUCAGCUCAUCUACCUCUACGGCUUCGAAGGUCCCGGUCUGCAACGUCUCGCUCAAGUCAUUUCCGCCCAGCUCGCGACGUUCGGCAACCUCUAUUGCACGUCGCACAUCCAGGAUGCCGACUUUCUGCUCCUCCCCGAGGAGGUGUGUCUCGAAGUCGAGGGUGGCAUCGAUGCGAUCCUUGCGCAGACCAAGCCAGCCGUCAAGAUCGGCGUGCUCCAAGCGCACGAGGAUGCCGGGAUCGAGUAUGCUGCCUUCAAGAACGGCAGUCGUCGGCCCACCUUCGUGACACGCAAACCCUUCGGGCCGCGAUGCUUCGCCAAUCUGCUGCGCCUAGCGGAGCAGAAUGGGGAGGAAGAGACACGAACAGCUGGCGAGACGAUCCGAAAGGAACACGGGCAUCUGGGUUACACGGCACCUGUCGAUCCGGAUCAACCGGGGCAGGUCUUGCGCGAGGGCGCUGGAACACCCCUUGCCAAACGCGCAGAAACAGGCGAUGAGGAGUACAGCGACCUCCAACCACGCCGCAUGUCGGUCGUGAGCGAGCAGGAGAAGAGGAACAGCGACGAAGGAUCGACCGCCAUUCCAGGUCCCCACAAGCUAGCGGACCUCAUCGUGCCUCCAGACGCACUAGACGAGGUGCUCCGCGCGCCCCAUCCCAAACCGCGCAUCACACCGCCCAACUCCACAGCUCCAGUCGCGCCGUCAGAAGCAGGUUCGGCCGACGCAGACUCGCCUUCACCAACAACCACGACGCCACCAAAAGCCCACUUCAGCGUCCUCUGCUGCGAGGACAACCCGCUCAACAUGCGCAUCCUCACCACCAUGCUUCGUCAGGCCAAGAUCGAGUUUCACGAGGCGGUUGAUGGCGUCGAAGCGGUCGCCCAGUUCCAGAAGCACCUGCCGGCGGUGACGCUGCUCGACAUCAACAUGCCGCGCAUGAUGGGUUUCGAGGCGUGCCAGCUGAUGCGCCAGCAUGUGGCCGAAACCCUCACCGAGGAGGAGCGCGCACGCAGGGGAUUCAAGAUCGUCGCUGUCACAGCGCUAAGCGAUCAUUUCCACCAGCAAAAGGGAAUGGAGUGCGGCAUGGACGAUUGGUUCACCAAGCCGCUGCAGAUGCGCAAGCUGAAGGCGGAUCUGGCCGAGUGGAGGAGCCAGUAUGAAGCGCUGCAGGAAGAGUAG